AGAACGCAAAGGACCACUUCCGCCCGCCUCUUUCCACAAAGCCAGGAGCUUCGGAGCAGAGCGGAAGUGAUACACCGAAAGAGCUUCUGUGGCGCCCUUCUCCCUGGUUUCCAUAUGCUGUCAUCAGCACACCUAGUCCCUACAAGUGUGCAACGUGCCCAGUCGUGGAUCUGCAGGUCUUCCCGUUCCUUCAUGGAUCUUAAGGCUCUUCUCUCGUCCUUGAAUGAAUUUGCAUCCCUCUCAUUUGCUGAGAGCUGGGACAAUGUGGGAUUACUGGUGGAGCCAAGCCCACCCCAUACUGUAAGUACACUCUUCCUGACCAAUGACCUGACGGAGGAGGUCAUGGACGAGGCUCUGGAAAAGAAGGCAGACUUCAUUCUCUCCUACCAUCCACUUAUCUUCCGGCCCAUGAAGCACAUAACUUGGGAAACCUGGAAGGAGUGCCUCGUGAUCCGGGCUCUGGAGCGCAGAGUCGCCAUCUACUCUCCCCACACAGCCUAUGAUGCGGCACCCCAGGGAGUCAACAACUGGCUGGCCAAAGGGCUUGGAUCUUGCACUACCAGGCCCAUCCGCCCUUCCAGAGCUCCAGAAUACCCCACAGUGGGAGCUCACCGACUAGAUUUCAGUGUGAACCGCAGCCAAGACCUGGACAAAGUCAUGUCUGUACUGAAAGGGGUUGGAGGUGUCUCUAUCACCUCUUUUCCUGCCAGGUGUGAUGGUGAAGAGCACACCCGGAUCAGCCUGAACUGUACUCAGAAGACUCUGAUGCAGGUGCUAGCCUUUCUUUCCCAGGACAGACAGCUUUAUCAGAAAACUGAGAUUCUUUCAUUGGAGAAGCCUUUGCUUCUGCAUACUGGAAUGGGACGGUUGUGCACACUGGAUGAAUCUGUCUCCCUGGCAAUAAUGAUAGAGCGAAUCAAAGCACACCUAAAGCUGUCUCAUCUUCGCUUAGCUCUUGGAGUGGGGAGAACAUUAGAGUCCCCAGUCAAAGUUGUGGCCCUGUGUGCUGGUUCUGGGGGCAGCGUUCUACAAGGAGUGGAGGCCGACCUUUACCUCACAGGUGAAAUGUCCCACCAUGAUGUUCUGGAUGCUGCUUCCAAAGGGAUCCAUGUCAUCCUCUGUGAACACAGCAACACUGAAAGAGGCUUCCUUUCUGAGCUUCAAGAAAUGCUGCGUGUUCACUUUGAGAAUAAGAUUAAUAUUAUCCUGUCUGAGAAAGACAGGGACCCUCUCCAUGUGGUUUAAAAUGCAAGGACGUCAAGGACAUCAUGACAGAAGCCACAGAUCACCUGGAUUGAAACGGCUGUGCAGGAGUUGGUGCACCACCCUUCUGCAGAACUGUAUUGGGCUUCUCAUUUCAGUUCACUAAUAUGGCUCAACCAAUGUCAUAGUUCAUUCGUUAAAACUGUAUGUAAAGAGUACAUUAAAGGCAAACCUUCCUUUAAUUUUUGUUUUGUUUCUUGGUGGUACAGGGAUCAAACUGGACACUUUGUGGUUACCACUCUAGUUGGCAGCAUGGACUUGAGAGUAGGGCCUAAAAAUGAGGUGAACUGAUGUCUCACGCAAUAGCCAAGUUUAUUCAGAGCAUCAGACAAUUUACACUCUGAGGGCUAAGAGUCACCUGAAUAAAGGCACAAUCACAAGCCUCAUGUAGCGAAACCAUGGUUUCCAUGGAGGUGUAUGAACAGUAAGAAUAGCCAGCCAACUGUAAUGAAUAAUCUAAGGUCAACUCACUCCUCUCUGCUUGCUCCCCCUGGGAAGGGCACAGAAGCACAUCCCAAGAACAAUUUUGUGUUUUUGAAGAAACUGUUUUCUCACACUCAGAAUUCCCCUCACAGGACUGGACUAGUCUUGGACUAUGUUCCUGCUCUAUGAACAGAAGGCAAGUGUUCUACCACUGAACUCCAAACUCCUCCUAAUUAAUGGUGUUAAGUGUUCAAAAUAUGACUGAUUAUUACCCAGCAUUUUCUGCAGUCACUGUACAAGCCAGACUCAGAAAGACAAACUGGGGUGGGGGUGGGGAAGCGGGGUGGCUGGAGAGAUGGCUCAGUAGUUAAGGACACUGACUGCUCUUCCAUAGGUCCUGAGUUCAAUUCCCAGCAACCACAUGUAAUGGGAUCCAAUGCCCUCUUCUAGUGUGUGUGAAGACAGUUACAGUGUACUCAUGCACAUUAAAUAAACCUU